ACACAGCCCUUAUUCCUUCAUGCAGACAAAAAGCAUCUUUUCACAUUUCCAGAUUUGGAAUACUUCGUGUAUGCGUUUGUAGUCGCGUGUGCUUUCCCUGUAUAUAAAUACGUAACUUCUCACGCUGUUCCUCACAUUGACGUAAAAAGGUCAAUACAAAAAUGGGUGCGAAGUGUUCUCGAGUCAAGCAACUUCUUGCCAAAUCCUACAUAAAGAUUUUAAUGCUGGGACUUGAUGAUUCUGGAAAGACAGCCAUUUUGUAUAAGCUUAAGCUAGGGGACUUUAUUGCAACUGUACCUACAAUUGGGUUUAAUGUGGAAGCUCUGGAGUACAAGAACAUCAGAUUCUCUGUGUGGGAUUUAGGAGGACAAGAUUCGAUACGCGCUAUGUGGAGAUACUACUAUCGCAAUACACACGCACUCAUCUUUGUAGUAGACAGUAAUAACCGAAAAAGAAUUUACCAAGCCCGAAAUGAGUUGCAUCGCCUUCUAAAGGAGGACGAACUGAGUGAUGCGACAAUACUUGUUUUCGCCAAUAAGCAAGACUUGCCCGAUGCUAUGAAUGUUUCCGAGGUCGCUGAUAAGCUCAAGUUGCACACUAUAUCUCAACGACGUUGGCACAUACAGAGUACUUCUGCGAAAACCGGUCAUGGACUCUAUGAAGGUCUAAGUUGGCUAAAUGAUAAUGCCCCUAACAAAGUUGCACAAGCUAACUCUUGUAUCUCUCUUCCUGCACGUAGAAUCUUAGAGGCUAGCCUCACUUAAGUUUCAAGAAAAAAAAAUGUAUGUGUUCCUUUCGGUGUAACAUGAUUGCUAUCUUCGUUUUUUUGUAUAAAGGUGUAAGAUGAUUGCUA